UUUGGCUGUGCACAGUUUGGGAUGUGCACAGUUUGGGAUGUGAUAGUUUGGAUAUGCACGGUUUGGCUGUGCACAGUUUGGGAUGUGCACAGUUUGGGGUGCACAGUUUGGGAUGUGCACAGUUUGGCUGUGCACAGUUCGGGGUGCACAGUUCGGGGUGUGCACAGUUCGGGGUGUGCAGUGUGGCUGUGCACAGUUUGGGGUGCACACAGUUUGGGAUGUGCACAGUUUGGGGUGUGCACAGCUGCGGUGUUCCCAGCCCGGGGUGCUGUAGCCGCAGCUGUCGCAGCCGUGAACCUACAGAAUUCGGGGUGCACCCGCGGGGGAUGGAUCUGAGCCCUGGGAUACCCCAGCCCUGCUCCGGGUCCCGUCCCCUGCCUCAGCCGUGUCCCCUCCCGGUGUCCCCCAUGCGGAGAAGCCCCGGGGGGCUCCGGGGAUGCCGCUGCGGUGGAUGCCGGUGCCCCCGGCGGUGGGGAGGGGGCCUCGGGGGCGGCUCCCGUGCCCGCCCCUGCGCCGCCAUUGGCGGAAAGUUCGGGGCGCGACGCGGGGUGGCGGCCGCGCUCCCCCGUCCCCGCGGCCCCCGGCCCCGGUGCGGGCAGCGCUGCGGGCAGGGCCGGGCCGGGCCGGGCCGCCCGGGGCCGCCGCGGGCGCGGCCAUGUGGGCGCUGCGGGCGCUGUGCCUGGCCGGGCUGGGGGCGGCCAUCGGCGGCGGCGCGGCGGACCAGUGCAGCUGGAGGGGCAGCGGGCUGUCACAGGAGGCUGGCAGCGUGGAGCAGCUGUCCCUGCACUGUGCCGAGGGCUCGCUGGAGUGGCUGUACCCCACGGGGGCCCUCCGCCUCCGCCUGGCCCCCCGCCUGCCCCCCACCAGCGCCGCCGUCAAGGGCAGGAGCCCCCCGCACGUCACCGCCUGCAUCAAACCCACCGGGACCUUUCGGGGGGCUCAGCUCUACCUGGAGAGGGAGGGGGUGCUGGAGCUGCUGCUGCCAGAGGCCCCCCGGCCCCACGCCCGCUGCUUCAGCUGGCUGCCCCAGGAGAAGGUGGCUCUGUUCCUGCAGGCCACCCCGCAGCCCGACAUCAGCCGCCGCAUCGCCGCCUUCCGCUACGAGCUGCGGGGGGACUGGCUGGCCCGGCCCGCGCUGCCCACCGCCAGCCUCGGCGCCGAAGGUGCGUGCCGGCCGUGUAACGACACCGAGAUCCUGAUGGCCAUUUGCACUAGUGACUUUGUCAUCCGCGGCAGCAUCCGGAGCGUCUCCAACGACGCAGAGCUGCAGGAAUCCAUCAUUGGGGUGAGCGCCACCCGUAUCCACCGCCAGAAAUUCCCACUCUUCCAGGCGGGCGGGUGGCCGGGGCGGCCGGUGGGCAGCAUCCGCACCCCGCUGCGCUGCGGGGUCAAGCCGGGCCCCGGCACCUUCCUGUUCACGGGGUGGCUGCACUUCGGGGAGGCCUGGCUGAGCUGCGCUCCCCGCUACCGGGACUUCCAGCGCAUCUACCAGGGGGCCCAGCGCACGGGCCAGAACCCCUGCGAGUUCCCUGUGGACUGAGCGGCUCCGGGAGCACAGCCCGGCCCCGCGGGCGCCGGGGAACCACGGUCCUGCCGUCACCGAGAGCAUCCCCGGGGGACACGGGAACGGUGCCCGGAGGGAGGGUGGCACACGGGCCUCGCCACAUAGCUGGGCUGUGGCAGCACCCGCCGGCGGGCUCGGGGGUUCUGGGAAAAUCCUGCUGGAAGGGAAGGGAUUUUCCCGGGACGUGCUUGUCCAGGGUGCCCAGGGAACUGCCUGGGUGAGGGGUGCAGUGGCAUGGGGUCGGGGCUCUGCAUGCUCAGGGGAUGCUGUGGGCACUGUGGGUCUGGCACCAGGGGGGCAGUCGGAGCCCCGGACCCCGGCAGGGCUCGGGGGCGGGUGGCCGUGGUGGCCGGUCCAGGGACACGGUAGGCACGGAAGGAAGUGGAAGGGCCAGGAGAUGGAUCUGUAAGGUUGGGGAUGGAAGGGGAAGCGGGCAGCGGUGAGCCUGGCCCUGGCACGGGCAGGAGCUGAGGGGCGGAUGCCGAGGAAGAGGAGAGAAGCUGAAGGGAGCGAGGGGAGCAGUGAGGUGGGAGGAAGGCUGGCACAGGGAGCAGAGGUGUCCUUGGCACGGUCAGGGCAGGACCAAAGCGCCGACACAGGAAGGUGCCACAGGAGCAGGGAGAGGUGACCGUGCCACUCCUUCCCGCCAGCCCUCGGUGGGCCGGGCAGACCGUGCCAGCCACGGGGAAGUUCUGACCAUGGGGGUGGGGGGGCAUCGUAUGUGCACUAAAGUUAUAACGAUACCAAAUUUGUGACUUCUUUUUUAUAAACUAAGCUGUAUUUGUAGCGUGUGGCUCCUGUUUUUAGCAAGCUGAGCAGGACGUUCACCGACAGGCACUGUGGUGUGUGCCACCCGCUCCCCUCUGUGCCAGCUCCAGCUGUGACCCUGCCUCCCAGGGGGCUGGAAACAGCCCUAAUACUUGGACAUCUCUCUGCACGGAGAGAUUUAUUGCUGUUUGCACAUUCUGCACCCCGGUCAUUCCCAGCAUGGAUCACUUUGGGGUCCCUCUCCCUGGGUAUCCCUGGGUGUGGGGACCGGGGGCGGGUGGCCCCGUGCUGGGUGGGUGACCCUGCUGGUGGAGCCGCUGUCAGGACUGAUUCUUGUCAGAGGCACCGGCCACAAGGCCUCAUUGUGCCCGAUUGUGCCGCGCCAGCAUCCCAGCCCUGCCCGCUCCCGCCCUGCCGCUGCCCCCGCCGGCCCCAGCACCGGCUCCGCUCCCCUGGGAAUGCUGAGGGGGACGGGACCUCCGGGCAGGGAUGGGACGUGGGAAUCCUGCGCGGGGAUGGGGAACAGAACCCUCGCUCAGGGAAGGGACACGGAAUCCCCAGCCAGGAAACCUCAGCUGGGGAUGGGGCACAGGAGCCUCCCAGACAGGGAUGGGACAUGGGGCACCCAGAUGGGAAUGGGGCACAGCACCCCCACCAGGGACCCUUCCUCCUCACCAGUGAUGCCACAGGGCUCAGCACAGGAAAUCUCAGCCCCUGAGCCCCACCAAACCCUUCGAGCCCCCCAAACCUCUCAAGCAAAGCUCCCGCCACAUAUCUGCUUGUACUUAACCCCUUUCCAAUUUUGUUUCAAUAACACCUUUUCAAAUAUCACCAGCCAGGAUGAACUGCUGCUGAGUGUUUGGUGCCUCUGCUGACCACAACGUGCUUUUCCUUGCCAAAAAAAAAGUUUCCAAAGAAUGCUGUGGGCUUUGGAGCAUAAUUAAAUAUAAAUAUCUCUAUGUGUGUGUGUAUAGAAUGAUCUGGCUGUGAUAAGAUCCUGGUGGG